UCCCUACUGUCACUUGAACUGGUAGUGCUGGGAAAGGUUGGCCAGGAGCUCCCAAAGUUCCAGGACGCCUUAGGUUCCCCCGGCGAAUGGAGUGCCGCCUCCGCCCGGCGCUCAGCGAGCCUACGUUCUGGUGGGUGGGGCAGAGGGAAGCCUGCGGGCCCGCCUGCAGCGGAGACGCCGGCACGGACUUGAGCUCCCGCCGUUCCUUGCGUGUGGGACUGGCCGCCAAGCUUCCCGGCAGGCUGUGCGCUGGGCCUCUACGGGUCCUCGGAAGCAUCGGGCCCGCGGGGCCUUGUGGGGGUUGCAGUUCCCUGCGGUGAUGAGCGGCGAAGGCGAGCCUCGGCUUCCCGGCGGGCAGCGCGGCGGUCGGCGGGGCAGUCCGGCGGGCAGCGGCGGCCGUUUCGGCUGCGGCACAACAGCGGACGAGCGGGUGGGCCGCGAAGAUGAGCGGCGGCCGUCGCCUCCUGAGGGUCUGAGCGCUGCGCGGGCCCCUCCCCCAGCCCGGGCCACCGCGGACCGAGCGCUCCGUGCGCGGGCCGGGCCCAGAGCCGCCGCCGCCCCGGGCCGCCCGCCGUCCCGCCCCGCCCCCCCGGCCGGCCGGCCCGGCGCUCAUGCGGUCGGAGCCCCGCCUCCCGCCCGCGCCGCGCGCCCGCCCGCACCAUGCUCAAGUGCAUCCCGCUGUGGCGCUGCAACCGGCACGUGGAGUCGGUGGACAAGAGGCACUGCUCGUUGCAAGCCGUGCCCGAGGAGAUCUAUCGCUACAGCCGCAGCCUGGAGGAGCUACUUCUCGAUGCCAACCAGCUGCGCGAGCUGCCCAAGCCUGGCCAACCUGGUGACUCUGGAGCUGCGGGAAAACCUGCUCAAGUCGCUGCCUGCGUCCCUGUCUUUCCUGGUCAAGCUGGAACAGUUGGACCUGGGCGGCAACGAUCUGGAAGUGCUGCCCGAUACUCUGGGGGCUUUGCCCAACCUGCGCGAGCUGUGGCUGGACCGGAACCAGUUGUCGGCACUGCCCCCGGAGCUCGGGAACCUGAGGCGCCUGGUGUGCCUGGAUGUGUCGGAGAACAGGCUGGAGCGGCUGCCCUCGGCACUUGGUGGGCUGGUGCUGCUCACUGACCUGCUGCUCUCCCAGAACUUGCUGCAGAGGCUUCCUGAUGGCAUCGGUCAGCUGAAGCAGCUGUCCAUCCUGAAGGUGGACCAGAACCGCCUGUGCGAGGUGACCGAGGCUAUCGGGGACUGCGAGAACUUGUCUGAGCUGAUCCUCACAGAGAACCUGCUGACGGCCCUGCCCCACUCCCUGGGGAAGCUGACCAAGCUGACCAACCUCAAUGUUGACCGGAACCGCCUGGAAGUGCUACCACCGGAGAUUGGAGGCUGUGUGGCACUCAGUGUCCUAUCCUUGAGGGACAAUCGCCUGGCCGUCCUGCCACCUGAGCUUGCCCACACAGCCGAGCUGCAUGUGUUGGACGUGGCCGGGAACCGGCUGCAGAGUCUGCCGUUUGCGCUCACCCAUCUCAAUCUCAAGGCCCUGUGGCUGGCUGAGAAUCAGGCACAGCCCAUGCUUCGGUUCCAGACCGAGGAUGACACCCAGACUGGCGAGAAGGUGCUCACCUGUUACCUCCUGCCCCAGCAGCCACCACCCAGCCUCGAGGACCCAGGACAGCGGAGCAGCCCUUCAGAAAGCUGGAGUGAUGCCCCUCUCAGCCGUGUCAGCGCCAUCCAGUUCUUGGAGGCCCCUGUGGUCGGAGAGGAUGCUGAGGAAGCAGCUGCUGAGAAGCGGGGCCUACAGCGGCGGGCCACGCCCCACCCCAGUGAGCUCAGGGUGAUGAGGAAGGGCAUGGAAGAGCGGCGGAAUGAAGCCUUCUGCAGGCCUGGCCCUGGGACGCCCUCACCCCUGGAGGAGGAGAAGAGGCUGAGUACCGAGUCUGGCCUGAGUGAGAACUCACACCUGUCCGCAAGCACAGCCUCCCUGGGUGAGCCUGAGGGCCCCCUAGCAGAGGUGGAGGCGCCGAGCCGGCAGGAAGCCGAGCCGGCUGCCCAGGAGGAAGCCGAGGAAGAGGCCUAUGAGGAGCCUGCUGCCCCCGGCUGGGGUGGGGCGCGGGGUCUCCACUCCCCAGCCAGGCUGUGGUCCCCGUCCUGCAUCUGUCACACCGCACCCAUAGAGCACCCAGGGGUUCCUGCCCUGCUGCCCACAGUGCGCUUUGCGGAGGACACCCUGGUGCUGCACCCCCCAGGGGAGGACGCUGAGAGCGAGGAGGGGCAGGAAGAGGGGCAGCUGGAGGCCCCCUGGUCCCCGCCUGGUGGGAGGCAGCGGCUCAUCCGCAAGGACACACCCCACUACAAGAAGCACUUCAAGAUCUCCAGGCUGCCCCGGCCCGAGGCCGUCGUGGCCCUGCUGCGGGGGACGCAUCCAGACGGCGAGGGCCUGGCAGGGCCGCGGGGCUGGCACAACGGCCCCCACACGCCCUGGGCUCCUCGGGCCGAGGAGGAGGAGGAGGAGGAGGAGGAGGAGGAGGCCGAGGAGGCUGAGGAGGAGGCCGAGCAGGCUGAGGAGGAGGCCGAGGCAGCGGUGGUAGCGGCGGAGGAGGAGGAGGAGGCUGGGGCUGCGGCAGCCUCUGUGCCCUGCGUCAAGGGGGUGUCGUUUGACCAGGCCAAUAACCUGCUGAUAGAGCCUGCCCGCAUUGAGGAGGAAGAGCUGGCACUCACCGUCAUGCGGCAGACUGGGGGCCUUGGCAUCAGCAUCGCCGGCGGCAGGGGCUCCACCCCUUACAAGGGGGACGACGAGGGCAUAUUCAUCUCUCGGGUGUCUGAGGAGGGCCCUGCGGCCCGGGCUGGAGUCCGAGUGGGAGACAAGCUCCUUGAGGUGAAUGGCGUAGCCUUGCAGAACGCUGAGCACCACCAGGCCGUCGAGGCGCUGCGGGGGGCAGGUGCUACCGUGCAGAUGCGGCUGUGGCGAGAGCGCAUGGUGGAGCCCGAGAACGCCGUCACCACCACGCCUCUGCGGCCUGAGGAUGACUACAGUCCCCGGGAGCGGCGGGGAGCUGGGCUGCGGCUGCCCCUGCUCCAGCCUGAGACCCCUGGGCCCUUCCGCCAGCGCCACGUGGCCUGUCUGGUGCGCAGUGAGAAGGGGCUGGGCUUCAGCAUCGCUGGCGGGAAAGGUUCCACGCCCUACCUGGCUGGUGACGGGGGCAUCUUCAUCUCCCGCAUCGCUGAGGGGGGUGCUGCCCACCGGGCGGGCACUCUGCAGGUUGGCGACCGUGUCCUCUCGAUCAAUGGGGUGGACAUGACCGAGGCCAGGCACGACCACGCUGUCGCUCUGCUGACUGCUGCGUCCCCCGCCAUCGCCCUGUUGCUGGAACGGGGGGCUGGGGGGCCCCUUCUCCCCAGUCCCCUGCCACACUCUCCCCCAGCCCCCACUGCUGCUGCCACCACUGUGAUCACUGUCACUCCUGGGGAGCCUGGGCCCCUGAGGAUGGCCCCCAGCCUGCUGGCUGCUGCCCUGGAGGGGCCAUACCCAGUGGAGGAGAUCUGUUUGCCGAGAGCUGGGGGCCCACUGGGGCUCAGCAUUGUUGGGGGCUCUGACCAUUCCAGCCACCCGUUUGGUAUCCAGGAGCCUGGUGUAUUUAUCUCGAAGGUGCUCCCGCGGGGCCUGGCUGCUCGAAGUGGCCUUCGGGUCGGGGACCGAAUCCUGGCAGUGAAUGGGCAGGAUGUGCGGGAGGCCACACACCAGGAGGCGGUCAGCGCCCUGCUGCGGCCCUGCCAGGAGCUGGUGCUGCUUGUGCGGAGGGACCCACCACCCCCGGGCAUGAGGGAGCUCUGUAUCCAGAAGGCCCCUGGGGAGAGGCUGGGCAUCAGCAUUCGCGGGGGUGCCAAGGGCCAUGCAGGGAAUCCCUGCGACCCCACAGAUGAGGGCAUCUUCAUCUCCAAGGUGAGCCCGGCAGGAGCAGCGGGGCGUGAUGGCCGCUUACAAGUGGGGCUGCGACUGCUGGAGGUGAACCAGCACAGCCUGCUGGGCCUGACUCACGGGGAGGCUGUGCAGCUGUUGCGCGGUGUGGGCGACAGCCUCACUGUGCUCGUCUGCGAUGGCUUCGAUGCCAGCACCACCCCUGCCCCUGAGGUGUCCCCGGGUGUCAUUGCCAACCCCUUUGCGGCAGGCGUCAGCCGCCGGAACAGCCUGGAAAGCAUCUCGUCCAUCGACCGGGAGCUGAGUCCCGAGGGCCCUGGCAAGGGCAGAACGCAGCCAGAAGCCCUGGGGCCGGGGAGCCCGAGGCUGCCAGGCUCCAGCCAGAGUCCGCCCUGCCCGCAGGAGAAGGGGCUGCCAGGACAGACCUCGCAGUGGGGACCAGAGGCUGUGCCUCCCUCCCCACCAUCCCCUGAAGAGCUGCCCGUCAACGUGAAGCAGGCCUACAGGACAUUCGCUGCUGUACCUGGCCUGCACCCACCCCAGGACACCCCUGCCCAGCCCUCCACGCCUGGGCCUACGGCCUCACCGGAGCAGCUGUCUUUCCGUGAGCGGCAGAAGUACUUUGAGUUGGAGGUGCGCGUGCCCCAGACUGAGGGCCCCCCAAAGCGCGUGUCACUGGUGGGUGCUGAUGACCUUCGUAAGAUGCAGGAGGAGGAAGCCCGAAAGCUGCAGCAGAAGAGGGCGCAGAUGCUGCAGGAGGCAGCCGCUGCGGGGCGCGCCCCGCACAGAGAAGACCCUCCGGAGGAGGAAGAGCCGGAGGAGGAGCCGCCCUGGGCUGGCCCAGGCCCUGGCACAGGGCUCUGCCCCACGUCCCCUCUGCCCCACGUGGGAGGCAGCGCCCCUGUGCGGACAGCCAAAGCUGAGAGACGCCAUCAGGAGCGGCUGCGUGUGCAGAGCCCUGAGCUGCCCACACCCGAGCAGGCCCUGUCCCCUGCAGAGCGCCGUGCCUUGGAGGCCGAGAAGCGGGCACUGUGGAGGGCUGCCAGGAUGAAGUCUCUGGAGCAGGAUGCCCUCCGAGCACAGAUGGUUCUCAGCAAGUCCCAGGAAGGCCGGAGCAAGCGCGGGCCUCUGGAGCGGCUGGCUGAGGCCCCUUCGCCUGCACCCACCCCGUCACCCACCCCCUGGGAAGACCUCAGCCCCCAGACCAGCACCUCCCUGGGACACCUGGCCUUGUCUGGGAGGAAGUUUGACUACAGGGUGUUUGCAGCCCUCCCUUCUUCCAGACCUGUCUAUGACAUGCAGUCCCCAGAUUUUGCUGAGGAGCUGAGGUCCUUGGAGCCGUCUCCCAGCCCCGGCCUGCAGGAGGAUGGGGAGGUGGCCAUGGUGCUUCUGGGCGGGCCCUCACCAGGUGCCGUGGGCCCCGAGGAGGUGACACUGUGCAGCAGCCGCCGCCCCAUGCGGCCAGGACGCCGUGGCCUGGGCCCAGUGCCCUCCUAGACGAUUGGUGUACCUUCCCCCGCCCCUGACUUGGGGUGGGGGCCCUGCCAGCUCCAUCACCACCCUUGCCCGAAGUCUUUUUAACCUGGGUGUUAGAAUUUUAAAGAGACCCCUCAGGAGUCCUGGCCGCUAACUGCCCCCUCCCCAGCCAGGACCUCAUGUCCGUGCAAGACUGUAACUAGUGAUAUUUGUACAACCAAAGACUCUAUUUUGUGGUUUAAGGAGAAUAAAAUUGACUACAUUUUA